GCGCAGCGGGGCGGCGCGGCGGGGGAGUACUUUGUCGCACUCGAUGCAAAGGGCCGCGUGCUGGUUGCGCUCUCGCACGCGGCAGGCGAGGAGGUGCAGCUGCGCGCAUACGUACACGCGCUGUACCUCGCACGCCACGCUGACGUGGCGGUGGUUGCCGCUGCUGGGGCCGCCGGCGGCGGCGGCGGCAGCAGUGGGGUCAAGGCGCUGGUGGACGCUAGCGAGCGGUGGGUGCGGGGCGGCUAUGGCGCGUGGCUCGGCGGCGUGGAGGCGGCCGGGUGGAGCUCGGCGGGCGCGAGCCUGCCCCGGGCGGCAUGGACCGGGAAGUGGGGGUGA